AUGCUCCUCCAAGCCAUCGCCAGCUCCAUCAUGGAGCUUACAAAAAGAGAAGAAGAAGACCCUGCCGGUAAGGAGGCGCUCUCACCGAAGCAGGAGAACAAUGCAUCAUGGGCCAUCUUCAUCUUGAUACUGUUGCUCAUAAUAGCGUUCUGCACCAGCUAUACGAUGCAACAGAGAAAGAUUACGGCGAUCCAUGAGACGGUCGUUUCCAUCUUUGGCGGCAUGACUGUUGGCCUUAUCCUACGAAUUUCGGGAUUUGACUCGAUCCGCGAUCUGGUCAAUUUCAACGACCUGUACUUCUUCAACCUCCUACUGCCUCCCAUCAUCCUGUCGUCGGGAUACGAACUUCACCAAGCGAACUUCUUCCGGAAUAUUGGCACCAUCUUGACAUUUGCGUUUGCCGGGACGUUCAUAUCAGCCGUCGUCAUUGGUGUGCUGUUAUGGCUUUACACCGCCAUCUCGCUGGAGGGCCUGAAUGUGACCUGGAUCGACGCCAUCUCGGUAGGGGCGACCUUGUCGGCUACGGAUCCGGUUACCAUUCUGGCCAUCUUCAACUCGUACAAGGUUGACCCCAAGCUCUACACCAUCAUCUUUGGCGAAUCCAUCCUGAACGACGCUGUCGCCAUUGUCAUCUUUGAGUCUGCUCGGAAUGCCGGUGGCAAGGGAGGCGGCAUUGGCAUAUUCAGUCUCCUUCACGGCAUCUGGUUCUUCUUGUCCCAGUUCUUUGGCAGCUUGGCUAUCGGUGCCCUGGUUGGGGUUCUGACCGCGCUAGCGUUGAAAUAUACCUAUGUUAGGCGGUAUCCGGGCAUUGAAAGCUGCCUGGUUGUACUGAUCGCCUACGAAACCUACUUCUUCGCGGCGGCCAUCGAGAUGUCUGGCAUCGUCGCCCUCCUGUUCUGCGGAAUCACUCUCAAGCACUAUGCCUACUUCAAUAUGUCGCGCCGGACCCAACUAACAACCAAAUACAUCUUCCAAGUCCUUGCCCAGCUGUCCGAGAACUUCAUCUUCAUCUACCUAGGUCUAGCCCUUUUCACCGAGAAGAACUUGGUCUAUCAACCGCUUCUGAUCAUCGUUACCGUGCUCGCCGUGUGCGUGGCAAGAUACCUAGCUGUUUUCCCCAUAUCCAAAGCCAUCAACUGGUUCAUUCGUUAUCGCGCGCGUCGCCGAGGAGCCGCCGAGGCCGCCGACGAGUUACCUUACAGCUACCAGGCGAUGCUCUUUUGGGCGGGUCUCCGUGGUGCCGUAGGCGUCGCUCUCUCAGCGUCCUUCGAGGCCAAGGAUAGACAAGCACUCCAGGCAACAGUUUUGGUCGUCGUGGUGUUAACUGUUAUUAUCUUUGGCGGCACCACGGCCCGCAUGCUCGAGAUUCUCGGCAUUCGGACCGGCGUGACCGAGGAGAUUGACUCCGACGACGAAUUCGACAUCGAGGCCAUCGGCGGCGGCUUGUACAAGCGCUCAGACACUGGGAUCGGGUACAACCACCGUGCCGGCAGCCGCAACCGCGGAUCGGUGCUACCUCUGGACGAUGUUGGCAGAAGCGGAAACGGACCUGCUGGCAGCGGGGACAGGAACGGUUGGGCAUCCGGGCAUAGGCCGUCCAGGCUCCCUCGGCAAGGGAGUCGGAGCCGCAAGAACCCCAAGAGCGGGGAUGAGUUCGAGAGGUCGGAGCUGCUUGGGGCAUCGGGGAGUAAUACCGACUCGGAGCUGGGCAGUGAUAUUGACAUCUCGGAUCUGCCGCCGCCGGCACCCCGAUCAAGGUCAAGUCCGAUGCCUAGCGCAGAAGAUGGCGCAGGUCGGAGUGAGGGCCAAAGCAGCUCCGGCUCAAGCAGGCAAAACACUCCUUCGACGGGCGAGGGAGCCGGCCAUCAGCCACUCACGACGACUGCCACUGCCGCCAUCAGGCAGCUGUUCCGCACCGAGGACCCGUCGGCGCUGUUCCGGCAGCUGGAUGAAAACUACAUCAAACCCACGUUGCUGCUCGAUGGCGGCAGCGGGCGGGGUGGUGGUGGAGGGGGCUCAGGAUCUCAUUAG